GCCGUAGUAGAAUUCCUUCAGAGUCGGUUUCGUCAUGCCAUCAAACACAGGGAAAUUCAUACAAUUACGUUGGGUCAUGUUAUCACGGCUUUGAAGAAUAAGAAUAAUUUCUUCAGGUUUCUCGCGAAUCAUGCUGUUGAUCGCUCAUUUCUUAGAAAGCGUCUUACAGCUACGGGCAUUAUUCCGGGCAGUCCUCGAAAAUCUUUCGAGGAUAAGCUUGAGACAUGCUGUUGAAAGCAAGAAGCUUUCGACUGCAGCGAAGCCUAGGCUCAUGGAGGCCCAAUACCAAGAUAAAUUCUAUAGGGCAUUUUACGGCGUGGCAGAUAUGGGUGUACCUCUCUGUAGCGAAUGGUCAAGGAGCGGUGGUGGUCGAGUCGACUUCUACAUUCCACAGAAACAGUGGGCUAUCGAGUUGCUUCGGGAUGAGGAUCGCAUUACUGACCAUGUCACCCGAUCCCAUUGGGGUGAGAAGUAUUUCCCCUGGUCGAAGGAGAAGAGGGUUGUAGACUGGAUUAUCAUUAAUUGUACCUCUUCUCCCCCCACACGUGAAUAUUCGGAGCCAGAUCUCUGGACUGCCGUUUUUACGAAUGAUUUUUCUGAUCCGCAAGUGUACGAUUAUCAAGUGCUUUCUUUGUUUUCUAUUGCUCUACACAACUAAAGAUUUUCAUUACUUGUGACCAGACUGG